CCGUUUCCUGAACCCCCUCCCCUCCCAUCCCCUUCCUUCCCUGCCCUUCUUCUUCUCCUUUCCCAUCUCGCGCUGCUCGAGGAGGUGGCGGCGGGAGGACGCGAGGGAGUGAGUGGGCGGGGCGGCGACGAUGGUGGACGUCUCGCGCGUGCAGAAGGAGCUCACCGAGUGCAACCGCGACCGGGAGGUCUCGGGCGUCUCCAUCGCGCUGCACGACGGCGCCAACAUCUCCCACCUCACCGGCACCAUCGCCGGGCCCGCUGACAGCCCCUACGAGGGCGGAACCUUCGUCAUCGACAUCCGCCUCCCCGGUGGAUAUCCCUUUGAGCCUCCAAAGAUGCAGUUCGUCACUAAAGUAUGGCAUCCUAACAUCAGCAGCCAAAACGGAGCAAUUUGCUUGGACAUUCUGAAAGAUCAGUGGAGCCCAGCUCUUACUUUGAAGACUGCAUUGCUUUCCCUUCAAGCUCUGCUUUCUUCUCCUGCACCUGAUGAUCCUCAGGAUGCUGUCGUUGCACAACAGUACCUGCGUGAUUAUCCAACAUUCGCUGCUACAGCUCGCUACUGGACGGAGGCCUUCGCAAAGAGCACGUCCACUGGCAUGGAAGAGAAGGUGCAGAAGCUGGUUGAGAUGGGCUUCCCAGAGGAUCUGGUGAGAAGUACCCUGAAGAGUGUCGAUGGCGAUGAGAACAUGGCUCUGGAAAAGCUCUGCUCUGGCUGAACCAACCGUAUGGUGGAUAUAUGAAAUGUAAAUUGCAUCCCCAUUGGUUAUUAUAUAAGAGAACAAUGCCUGCUAAUUCCCCUGCUCUGCCAUUUCAGUGUGACCGUUUGUUGAGACAAUAUAUAUAGGGGAUUGGACCAUGGGACUCGUGAAAACCGCCUUAUGAUAACUUCAGAGUUUGUUCCUUUUUUUUCCUUGUCU